CGGAGCGCGCGCCCUUGGGAGGCGCGUGCAGGGUCUGCUGCUGCUGCUGCUGGGGGCGGCUCACCUCAGCCCACCCCCGCCUGCAGGGCGCGGACCGGCCGGCUCUGCCCUGCACCGGCCUGGGACAAGCGCCGAGCCGACCCGCUGCCCCCAGGGCGGGGAGUAGCAAAAUGCAGAAAUGUCAUCAGUUAAGAUUGAGUGUGUUGUCAAUGAGAAUUGCAAAAUUGGAGAAUCUCCGGUCUGGGAAGAAAAGGAAAGCUCACUUAUAUAUGUGGAUAUAAGUGGUAAAAAGAUUUGCCGAUGGAAUUCAUUCACCAAGCAAGUGCAAAGUGUUUCUGUGGAUGCUCCUGUUAGCAGCGUAGCCCUUCGGAAAUCUGGGGAUUAUGUUGUUACCCUAGGAACCAGGUUUGCUGCUGUAAAAUGGAAAGACCAGUCAGUAAUCACCAUUGUUCAUGUUGACAAGGAUAAACCAAACAACAGAUUCAAUGAUGGGAAAGUGGACCCUGCAGGGAGGUUUUUUGCAGGUACCAUGGCUGAGGAGAUUCGACCUGCUGUGCUAGAGAGACACCAAGGUGCUCUGUAUACACUCUUCCCUGAUCAUUCUGUAGUGAAGCACUUUGAUCAGGUGGACAUCUCUAAUGGCUUGGAUUGGUCACUGGAUCACAAGACUUUCUUUUACAUUGAUAGCCUGUCCUACUCUGUGGAUGCCUUUGAUUAUGACCUGCAAACAGGAAAAAUUUCCAAUCGCAGGAGUAUGUACAAACUAGAAAAGGAAGAAAGCAUCCCUGAUGGAAUGUGUAUUGAUACAGAAGGCAAACUCUGGGUAGCCUGUUAUGAUGGAGGGAGAGUGAUCCGUCUAGACCCUGAGACAGGAAAAAGAAUCCAGACUGUGAAGCUACCUGUUGACAAGACAACUUCCUGCUGCUUUGGUGGAAAGGAUUAUUCAGAAAUGUAUGUGACUUCUGCCUGUCAAGGAAUGGAUGAUGAAUCGUUUUCACGGCAACCACAGGCUGGUGGUAUUUUCAAGAUAACUGGACUUGGGGUGAAAGGAGUCCCACCGCAUUCAUUUGCAGGUUAAAUAUUCUCUCUUCAGAACAAAGUACAUCUCCAAAAGCAGGAACAGAUUAAGCAAGAAACAUAUUACAGAAGUAUUUUGCAUUCUGCAUCUCCUGCAUUUGAAACCACAGCUUUGUGAGUAGACUUCUGGCAGAAAUGGAUAAAUGAGGCAACUUUUGAAAUGCAUCAAAUUUUUUAAAAAUUCUUUGUUUUCUUGGACUCCUGUGUAACUUUAAAUAUCUCUUGUAAUUUUCUAUAACACUAAAAUCACUCUCAUCUUAAUAAACUUUGGAAUAUAACUUGAA